AUGAAGACCGCUUCGGGUCACUACGACUACCUCGCCCUCGGGACGUGGUCGUUCUACACGCCUACACCGUUGCCGCAUCUAGAGCAGCGUCUGUUCCCACCACGCGAUGCACGCACACUCGCAAGCACCCGUCGCGCGCGCUUCAUCACACUGCUGCGCGUGGGGUAUGUGCUGGCCGUGGUGAUCCCCGUGCAUGUGGUGGCUGCGCUGUGCUCGCAUGCACUCGUACCCAAGUCGCAGUGGCAGCAGAAGGGAUGGGGCCGAGGGAGGUUUCCAACACGGCUGCCCGGAUGGGGCGUGGGACAGACGCUGUGUGUCCCCCUGAUCGGCAGCUUGUUCUGGGCACUCGUGUACGGUACACCGAGGGGGAUGGGGUGGGAGGAAGAACGCACGAUGCCUGCGGCGAGCAAGUGGCUCUUCGGCAGAGGUCACGAGGGGUGGUGCAUCGAAGCCGAAGCUGUCGUCCUGCCUCCGUUGCCCACCUCGGCCACCACUCCGCACGAGAUGAAUGGCCACGCAGCUGCAAACGGUGUUCGUAAGCGCCAUGCAAACGGGAACGGUGUCGACCAGUUAGCGGAUGCGACGUCUCUGCGCACGAGCGAGGCGCUCUCGACCGCCGCACCCGCAACAUCAUACGAUGCAUCCAAAGAGGCGAUUCCGACCGACAUCCUCACGGGCGACGUCGCCGGCACCAAGGUCGGCGUGCACCCCACGCAGGUCGCUGCGUUCUGGCAGUGGAAGUCGGUCGCCGCCGCCGUGUCGCGCGGCAAAGUGAUCUCGGUCAAGCCGGGCAACGACGUCGCUGGGAUCGGGUCGGGCAAGGCGGCGUCGCCGUCCGAGCGCAUGGUGAUGUUCUUCGUCGGCGGCGGCUACCACUCUGGCCACGCGCCGCAAGGUCCCUUGAGCUGGACCGUGUGCAGGCAGACCUCGCUGCGCGUGCUCGGCGUCAACUUUCGCAAGGCCACCAGCGACGCACGUGCGUUCCCGGCGGCGCUGCAAGACGCACUGGCCGCCUGGGUCUAUGUCACCAAGCGCCUUGGCUUCCAACCUCACAAUGUCAUCCUUAUGGGCGACUCGGCUGGAGGUGGGCUUGCGAUGGCCCUGCAGCUCUACCUCAGCGCGCGGGUGUGGGCGAAGCACGACGAGCCGCAAGAGGGGUCGUUGGGCCGCGCGCGCAAACUCGUCUUACACAGUCCCAUGGUGGACUUGACCCUGGGCACGCAGGCGUUUACCGCGAAUCGAGGCGUGGAUAUCAUCUCGCCCUACAUGUGCAGUCUGGCGCGCGACAACUACCUGCGCCACUUCAUCCCCCUCCCCAACCGCCCCUCCCCCACAUCCAACGUCGGCGAGUGCAACAUCGCCGCCGUGGCGCAGCGAUACGACUUGGACCCCAGCAUUGCGCCCGAUCAGCGUGGCGACGGGUGGAAUGCCGAGUUGGCCCGACUCGGUGCAGAGCUCAGCGCCACCGUGGCCGAGUUAGGUGCCUUCCACCCGCUCUUUUCGCCAGGACUGGAUGCAAGAGCCAACGCGUAUCUCGCCAAGACGCUGCUGUUGCUCACCCCCACCCCCCGUGGCGAAGAUGAGCUGCAGGUGCUUGUCACCGCAGGCACCGCCGAGAUCUUCCGCGACCAGAUCCGACUGUUCGCGCAAAACCUGCGCGACCUCGAGUGCGAGGCCGUCCAACUCAGCCUCGUCGAGUGCAUCGACUGGCACCACGUCUUUGCGUUUAUGAACCUCCCCGGCACCGUCAAGGCGCAAGUCGACGAGGUGGCCAAGAACUUUAUGCUCGCCUAG